AUCUUCUUCUCCCUUCCUCCACACUGCUCGGUUAGCAAAAAUACGACCAGUACCAAACUCUUUUCUCCAUUCAAUUCCAAUUUUCUCUCUGAAAUCUAGGGCGCAAAAUUUACGCCAGAAAUCUAUCUACCAUUAUCGAAUCACUACAACAAUGAAUAUCUUCAGAUUCGCCGGCGAUAUGACUCACUUGAUUAGUAUAUUGGUUCUCCUCCUCAAAAUCUACGCCACCAAGUCGUGCUCAGGGAUCUCACUUAAAACUCAGGAGCUGUAUGCACUGGUGUUUUUGACUCGGUACCUGGAUCUAUUCACGAGCUAUAUCUCCCUAUACAACACUUUGAUGAAGUUGGUCUUCAUUGGCAGCUCUCUGGCCAUUGUAUGGUGCAUGCGGAUGCAUCCUGCUGUUAAGCGCUCUUAUGCUAAAGAGGUUGACACUUUCCGCCAUUACUAUCUUGUCUUGGCAUGCUAUGUGUUGGCACUUCUUGUGAAUGAGCAGUUCACAUUUCGAGAGGUAUGCUGGGCAUUUUCAAUAUACUUGGAGGCAGUGGCGAUUCUUCCGCAAUUAGUUUUGCUUCAAAGAAGUGGAAAUGUGGACAAUUUGACAGGGCAAUAUGUUUUAUUUCUUGGGGCCUAUCGUGCUUUCUACAUCCUUAAUUGGAUCUAUCGCUACUUCAUGGAACCGUAUUUUACCCGAUGGAUAGGUUGCGUCGCUGGCGUUGUCCAGACAGCGCUAUAUGCAGAUUUUUUCUAUUACUACUUUAUCAGCUGGAAAAACAAUGCCAAGCUCCAGUUGCCAGCUUGAGCCAUGCAGCAACAUCUUGAAAAUCCUCACGAUUAUUGAGCUGAGUCCGUUCAAGUGUAUACACAUCUUUUUUGUAGACUUGUGGCCAGUUGAUUUGUUUGUGGUAUGUAUGUGUUAGGAUUGGGAUGACAUGAAAGUCUCAUUUACAUCCCUGAUAUGGGCAAAUUAAGCAGCCAUGUUCAGGACCCCUGGUGCGGUUAUACUUUCGAACUUCUGUCCAACCCUUCCUUGACUCUGGCAGUCUGGCUUGUAAAGAUGAUAUUGGUUGAACAGAAAUGCUGAUUUGACUGACGUAGGUUGGAUAUAUAGACAGUUAACCAAGCUCUUUAUGGCAGCAGUCAUUUGUUAUUAA